AUGUGAUUAAUGCGCAGGCUUGUCCAAGCUUGGCUUGGGUGUGUUAUUGGUUUUCACUUACAACAACAACAACACAAACACAAUGGUGUGUUGAUCACUUUCUAUUUGAUGUCUCUACCUGCAGCUCCGUCACAACCCCCUAUGAAAAAGGCCAAGUCACUCCACCAUCGCCACCACCACGACGACGACGACGACGCAGUUUUAGACCCUUCUUCCAUGGCCCUCGACGACGAUCUCAAGUCCGACCUACCCAAUGCUCGCACCGCCAAUUUGUCCCGCAAGAAAGCCACCCCUCCUCAACCCGCUAAGAAGUUCCAAAUCAAGCUCCACAAAGGUAAACCAACUUUGCCCAUAAAUUUUGAGGAGGAUACAUGGGCAAAACUAAAGUCUGCUAUGUGUGCUAUAUUUUUGAAGCAACCUGAUUCUUGUGACUUGGAGAAACUUUAUCAGGCUGUGAGUGAUCUUUGCCUUUAUAAAAUGGGUGGAAAUCUUUAUCAACGGAUUGAAAAGGAGUGUGAAGAACACAUAUCUGCAGCACUGCAGUCUUUGGUUGGCCAAAGCCCAGAUUUGGUUGUUUUUCUAUCUUUAGUUGAGAGAUGUUGGCAGGAUCUUUGUGACCAAAUGUUGAUGAUUCGUGGUAUAGCCUUGUAUCUGGAUAGGACAUAUGUGAAGCAAGCAACAAAUGUACGGUCAUUAUGGGACAUGGGCUUACAACUUUUCCGCAAACAUCUUUCAUUAUCUUCUGAAGUAGAACACAAAACUGUUACUGGUCUUCUACGAAUGAUUGAAAGUGAAAGAUUAGGUGAAGCAGUGGAUAGAACUCUUCUAAACCAUCUUUUGAAGAUGUUUACUGCUCUGGGAAUUUAUGGAGAAAGCUUUGAGAAGCCAUUCCUUGAAUGCACAUCUGAAUUUUAUGCUGCUGAAGGUGUGAAAUAUAUGCAGCAAUCAGAUGUUCCAGAUUACUUGAAGCAUGUGGAGACAAGAUUGCACGAGGAACAUGAAAGAUGUGUGAUCUACUUGGAUGCAAGUACUAGGAAGCCAUUGAUAGCAACGACAGAAAAACAACUUCUUGAACGUCAUAUACCUGCCAUUCUUGAUAAGGGUUUCUCUAUGCUUAUGGAUGGCAAUCGUAUCGAAGACCUUCAGAGAAUGUACUCGCUCUUUCCAAGGGUCAAUGCCCUCGAGUCACUGAGGCAUGCCCUUAGUUCAUACAUCAGGAGAACUGGGCAGAGCGUUAUUAUGGAUGAAGAGAAAGAUAAAGAUAUGGUUUCAUCCCUUCUGGAAUUUAAGGCUUCUCUUGACACAAUAUGGGAAGAAAGCUUUUCCAAGAAUGACACUUUCUGUAACACCAUUAAAGAUGCAUUUGAGCAUCUUAUCAAUCUUCGUCAGAACCGACCGGCAGAGUUGAUUGCCAAGUUUUUGGAUGAGAAGCUUCGUGCUGGUAAUAAGGGUACUUCAGAAGAGGAGUUGGAGGGUACACUUGACAAAGUCCUGGUUUUAUUUAGGUUCAUUCAGGGCAAGGAUGUGUUUGAGGCAUUCUAUAAGAAAGAUCUUGCAAAAAGACUGCUGUUAGGAAAGAGCGCUUCUAUUGAUGCAGAGAAAUCUAUGAUCUCCAAGUUGAAGACUGAGUGUGGCAGCCAGUUCACAAACAAACUGGAAGGCAUGUUCAAGGACAUUGAAUUAUCAAAAGAAAUAAAUGAGUCCUUCAAACAGUCUUCCCAGGCGAGGACAAAACUCCCAUCAGGGAUUGAAAUGAGUGUUCAUGUCUUGACAACCGGGUACUGGCCAACAUAUCCACCCAUGGAUGUUAGACUUCCUCAUGAAUUGAACGUUUACCAGGAUAUUUUCAAAGAGUUCUAUCUAAGUAAAUACAGUGGAAGGCGUCUGAUGUGGCAAAAUUCAUUAGGUCACUGUGUCUUAAAGGCAGAGUUUCCUAAAGGGAAAAAGGAGUUGGCUGUAUCCCUAUUCCAGACUGUUGUUCUAAUGCUAUUCAAUGAUGCUGAGAAACUAAGCUUUCAAGAUAUCAAGGACUCCACUGGUAUUGAGGACAAGGAACUGAGAAGGACUCUGCAAUCACUUGCAUGUGGAAAAGUUCGUGCCCUACUAAAGUUUCCAAAGGGUAGAGAUGUGGAGGAGGAUGACUCAUUUGUUUUUAAUGAAGGGUUUACAGCUCCUCUUUACCGUAUAAAGGUGAACGCAAUUCAGUUGAAGGAGACAGUGGAGGAAAACACAAGCACCACCGAAAGAGUUUUCCAAGACCGACAAUAUCAGGUUGACGCUGCUAUUGUGAGGAUAAUGAAGACUAGGAAAGUGCUUAGUCACACCCUUCUUAUUACUGAACUCUUCCAACAGCUCAAAUUUCCAAUAAAACCAGCUGAUUUGAAGAAAAGGAUCGAAAGCUUGAUUGACAGGGAAUAUCUGGAGAGGGACAAGAACAAUCCUCAAAUAUACAAUUACCUGGCAUAGUAUAUUUUACCUCAUUUGACAUUUUAAAAGUUUCUUUUGUUGAAAUGACAUGGGAGAAGCUUGACGUUUAAUCCCUUGUCAUAUGUGUACAGUAGCAACGAGCCUUCUUCUUUUUCUCCCUUUCAUUUAUCGACGACUGUACUGUAAUUGUAAAGCAUAUUUUUUCCCUUGAAUUUUAUUUACUUUCUGGAAAAUUCAAAAUUG